UGAUGACCCGACUGACAGAUAUCAGUGGCUUGCUGCUGUAGACUAGACAGAUUUCCGGAGUACUGUUUCAACGUGUCUUUAACUUCGCCGCAUAAUGAAGGAUCAAAACUACGGCGAAGAAAUUACAAAAAUACUGGAGGAUGCUCCAUCUGCUCGUAAAGCGCUUUUAGACAAUUACAACAAUUUACACAAUGUUGCGGAAUACUGCGAAAACAACUACCUGCAGUCUGGUAAUGACACCAAGAAAGCACUGGAGGAGACCAAGGCCUUUACCACCCAGUCCUUGGCUAGUGUGGCCUAUCAGAUCAACUCCCUGGCCACCAAUGUCCUCAAACUGCUGGAUGCACAGACCUUACAACUCCGCAAGAUAGAGUCCUCCAUCAACCAGAUUGGACAGACGGUGGAGAUGCACAGAGACAAAGUGGCACGUCGGGAGAUUGGGGUGUUCACAGUUCCCAAGAGGGUUCCACGCAGUCACAAGAUUGUUCCCCCGGCAAAAAGCACAGAGGCCAAGCCCAAGUACUCACGCACACCCAUCUCCUUCUCCAUCCUGGACUCUGUGGGUCAUGGCAUUAAGGAUUCUGGACAGCCACAGUUAAAAACUGCUACCAUGACACGUAGCAGCAGCACGCUGAGUCGAAGCAGCCGUCCUCCGGAGCCUGUCCAAUGUCCUGUGGUGCCCACUUUGUCCCACGGAGCAUCAGUCAAUUCACUUAAUGAGAAAUCUAUUGCUUCUAGCUUCGGUAAAGCCGUACCACCUCCAUUGGUGCCCAGCUGGCCCAUCAGUCCUGACGGUGACAUCAUCAGCACACUGCUGGAUCAAGGCCCACCCCCUCCGCUUCCACUGAUGGAGGUAUUAGGUGAACCGGAUCAGGGGCAAGAUACUGGUCCACCUCCACCUCCUCCAUUUGACUGUACUGAUAUCCCCCCUCCUCCUUCCAUGCCCACUUCAGCGAAUACAUCCGAUUCCAGCAGCCUGAUGAGCAUUCCACCUCCUCCACCAGCUCCACCUCUUGAAACAGUGACCGAGGAGAAUGGAUUUUCUCUACCGGGGCCUCCCAGUGACAUGCCUCCACCACCAGCUCCUGAUGGUUUUGAUCUUCCUGCUCCUCCACCUCUACCUGGUGAUGAGAACAUCGAAGCUCCGUGUCCUCGGCGGUCACGAGUACGUCGUCAUCCUCCUAGCACUCGCUCUCUUUCUCUAAGGGUCCGCAUGGGCCCCAGUGCUCGCUCGCUCUACACGCGCUCGCUUUUUCUGCCUCCUGCUCAAUCACUCAUGAUACCCCCACCCCCUCCAUACCCACCUCCUCUGGCUCCGUCCAUUUCGCAGAGCCUAUUGUGCAGGGUCCCUGCCCGCCUGGAGCACCUGGACCUUGAGAUUCCUGCCCCACCUCCAUCGCCACCAAUAGAUUUUGACAGCUUUGAGGAAAUGCCCCCUCUACCGCCCCCUAUUGAUUAUGACACAUCUGCACCUGCUGAUUAUUUGGAGAAAGUGGUGGCACUGUAUAGCUACAACACGGGCAAGCCGGGUGACUUGGUCUUUCAGGAGGGAGAUAUCAUCUACAUUACCAGCAGGAGGGAAGAUGGCUGGUGUGAGGGAGUUCUGAAUGGGGUAAAAGGUUAUUUUCCUGGCAACUAUGUGGAGUCAACUGCCUAACUGGCUGUUAAGUUUAAUUCAUAUCUGUACAUAUACAGUACAAGCGUGCCCCAUGACACUUCGACUGUAAGAUUCAUUGUUUAGUGCCUUAGAAAACCCUUCAUGCUGUGCACUGAAGUUUACUUAAGUAUGCCAACAUUAAUGUUGACUUUGUUUCCAACAGAAAUUAUGAAUUUAUUCAUGAUAUGGUAUGAAAUAUAAACUAGAAAUACCCUUCUAGUUUCAAGGUUAGUUUGGUUAUAAAUAAUAAAAAAGAUUUACUGAAAUCUCUCAGGACUUAUACAUAUUCAGAAUCAUAUUUUUUGCACAUUUAGCUUUAGUUCACCAGGCAAAUUGUUUGGUUAUUUCAGCAAACAUUGUUUUUUAUUUGUUUAAAGGGGUUAUUGCAUGUGUACAGUAAAUAAUGGCGUAAUAUAUUUCUUAUUUUUUAUUCAUUAGCCGUAAUAAAUAGUUUCCUAAUUGUAAAUCUUAAUGACAAAGUCACUUUCACUUUUAAAGUAAGGUUGUAACAAUAUACUCAGCUCACGAUUCAAUAUAAUACAAAAUAUUCGGUUCACAAUUAGGAUUGUGGCAUAUUUUAACAAAACGAAAAAGCAACUGAAAUUCAAAUAACAGAUUUAUUUCCAAAGCAUGAACAAUUUUCAAUAACAUUUAAGGUUUGAUUGAACCUGCUAUAUGUACAUUAAUUAAAUAUCAUGAUCUUACAAUAAAUGAAAUGAAAUAAAAUUAAAAUGAAGAAAGAGAGAACUUCUUAAAGCAGUCAAAACAAAACAUUAAAACAUUAUAUAUGUUGACACUUCAGAUGGCAGCUCAACCAAAAGGUUUAAUCAGACAUAAUAUCGUAAAACAUUAGCCAUAUGUUUUUUGUAUUGUGAUACAUUGAUAUAUAGUUACACCUCCAGUAGAAAUCCUUUUUUGCUCUAGCAAGUAAAUAAAGUUUGUGAAUGUAUAUGAAUAUAUCAAUAAAUCAAAUUCACUAUCUGCUGUGCCAAGUUUGCAUUCACAAUAAAAUUUUAUCUACAUGAAAUCUCCAGCCGUUUCAAACAUCUUUUUUGUAACCAUUUAUUUUUUUUGCUGUAAUGAAGUGAUGACCUUUUUGCAUAUUAACCAGCAUGACUUCCUUGGUAGAAACAGUUAAUAAUGAUAGUACUCUAAAACACAAAUAAUGAUGCUGUAAGUGCUGCCACAAUGAUUCUGGUGGUUCUGAUUAUGUUUGCUAUGGAAACACCUGGAAUAAAUUCUGUGUCUUUAAAUGUCUGACUGUUGCUAUAAAAGUGUACAAACUUCACUAUCAUCACUUUAAACCCUCCCUCUGAUAAGACUUACUGUCAAAUCACAGCAGUGAACAAGUGUCUAUACAUUUGUGCUGUAUGCACCUGCUUGGUUUGAGGUAAGAGUUCUCUUCUUUUUUUUAAUCAUGUACUUAAAAAGUGGUUGAAUUCAUAGAAUUCUGAAAUACUGUAAAUUCUACAACAGUAAAACAAGUAUGAUAUUUUCUGACAGACUUAGAAUAUCACUUGUGACGGACUGAUGUAUACCUGGUCUUAUGAUAGGCUACAUAUGUCAUCUUAAUAUUCUUCAAUAAUGUUAAAUGGAAGAUGAACUUUUUGAUGAUUCAAACUUUUUAGUAUCUAAUUUUGUGAUUCUUGGCCUUUGAAACUUGGAAGGACGGGUGCGCUUUGAGCACAAUUCUGGCAGAAUGUGAAAACUAUCUAUUUAGAUGUAAAAUUGUGAUGUAUGUCCAUCUUAUACAUCCACCACAAUGCAUUGUUUCCUUUUUAGGUCAGCAAGACUGACAGAUUUUGAUAUGACUCAUUAGGUUACCAGAGUUUAUGGUAGAGGUUAUUGGCAGUCAGAUGUUGAGUUAUGGACCAUUAAAUACAGAAGGUCUAAUAAGCCCCCAAAUUCUCCCAUAUUAAUACAGGUAGGCCUAAUUUAUAAACAGAUACAGAAGCCUGUGAGAUAUUGAGGCCAUUUUGAAGAGAAAAAGUGGAGCUCCUUUGUGACAGACUUGAAUCAACACUUAUACAAAGGCAGGCAUCAAGGGGGAUGUUUAAUGUACAAAUGAUACCAUAAAAUCAUAACAGAAAUCGAUCUAUUUUAUCUUUUUUAUUCUAUACAGAGUUGCAUCUGUGAUUUCUUCAUUGUCAGGAAAAUGAAUGACACAUUUUCAGUUUUUCAGUAUGUACCUUUCAAUCUUUUCUUCUUGUUUACAUUUAGGCAAUCCAUAGAGGCUUUUAUCCAAAGCCACUCAUAGAGAGACAAUAUAAAAAUAGUCGAUAUUUUACUUUUAUGUACACCAACAAUUCAAACCCCUUUUCCCAGGAUUUUCAUACCUGUCGUAAUCUGUGGUUUUGUGGCCAUCUGCUGCGCCAGUUUCUGUAAGAUGUUUCAUCGAGCACGUAAGGAACGUCUGCAGCGGCUGGCGGAGAAUCGAGCGCGUGACUUAAGCGCGUCUGUUUACGUCAUUCCCAUAUCUCUGACUGAUGACGAUGUACACAGACCGCCGCGCUACAGCACGGCGCAGUUCUAUGACCCGCCUCCUGUUUACAGCCAGGUGAAAUUUGAGGCCUGUCCUCUGGAACCCCCUCCACCAUACACUGAGGCCGCACAUUCAUAAAACGAAUGUGUUUAACAAAAUGCUUUCACAAGCAUUUGGACUGUACAUUGGCAAAUACAGCAAGUUACUUGCUACCCAUGCUGCUACGUGCAAUACUCAGACUACCUCUGGAAAGGUAGAACUCUUGAGAAAUGUUGUUAUAAUAAACUGUGAUUCUGAGUUUUGAGAGAGGAAGUUAUUUUGUACAUCAUUAACCAACUGAAACAUGAUGUACAGUUUAUAUCUUAUAGUUUGUGAAUAUUUGUAAAUUUGUACAUUGUACCCUGUUCCCUGUUGCUGUCUGUAUAAGUGAAACUUGUUAAUUUGUAACAACUUUUUAAUGCUAAAUGGGUGACAUGUUGUAACAUACCUGU